AUGACUCUUCUGCCUCGCAAAAUAUGGGAGAAAAUUGUAGCAAGGGUUGCGUCGGCCUUGAUCCAUGAUCUGUUUAACAUGCAGGCGACUUGCAAAGUGUUUUUGGACGCAGCCCGCUCAUCUGUGGUGUACAAGGUGGCCUCCAUGGCGGAGAUACCCGGCGUGUUCGGUUAUGACAUGGAGGACCGUCCUAAGGAUGGGUUCCUUUAUAAAAGCGCGCACGCAGGAAAUCCGGCCGCUAUAUUCCGUAUAGGGAUGAGGGAAUUCUUCUGGAUGGGCCGAGAAGUCGGUGGGUGCGGCACCCUGCUUAACGCCGCCGAUGCGGGCGGCCUCCAAGCCCGCUACAUGUGUUGCAUUUCCUUAGUCUGUUUACUUUCAGAUGAAGCUUCGUUGUAA